CAAUAGCGCCGCGGCUGCGUCGCCAUUUUUGCUUCUCUUUGUGCGCACGGUCCGCCCAGCGUUAGCCUCAUUUUAACGAGUUAUUUCUGCCUGGGGUUUUAAUCCUGCUACGGCGAAAUGCAAGGAAACCGAGGCCCCCAGCAAAACCACGGCCCCAACCGCCCGGGGGAGCAGAAGAAAUCCGGCGGGAUGAACACGAACGGCCAGCAGCCGGAGCCCUGCGAGCCGACCAACCCGAACGAGGCCUUAACCCUGGACCUGCAGAGCUUCAGGAAGCCCGGGGAGAAGACCUUCACCCAGCGCAGCAGGCUGUUCGUGGGAAACCUGCCCACCGGAAUGUCCGAGGAGGAGCUGGAGAAGCUGUUCGCCAAGUACGGAAAAGCGAGCGAGAUCUUCAUCAACAAGGAUCGAGGUUUCGGGUUCAUCCGCCUGGAGACGAGGAUCAUCGCCGAGAUAGCCCGAGCCGAGCUGGAUGACACUCCGUUCAGAGGCAGACCUAUACGAGUGAGGUUUGCAACACACGGGGCUGCUUUAACUGUUAAGAAUCUGCCAGAGUUUGUGUCCAAUGAGCUCCUGGAGGAGGCCUUCGCCGUGUUCGGUCAGAUAGAAAGAGCAGUGGUCAUAGUGGAUGACCGGGGGAGGCCCACAGGGAAGGGGAUCGUGGAGUACACCUCGAAACCAGCUGCAAGGAAGGCUCUGGAUAAGUGUGGUGAUGGUGCCUAUCUUCUCACUUCUUUCCCCCGCCCCAUCAUAGUGGAGCCCAUGGACCAGUAUGAUGAGGAUGAAGGGCUGCCUGAAAAGCUAAUAAACAAAAACCAGCAGUACCACAAAGAGCGAGAGCAGCCACCUCGGUUUGCUCAGCCUGGAUCCUUCGAGUACGAGUAUGCCAUGCGCUGGAAGGCCCUGAUGGAGAUGGAGAAGCAGCAGUACGAGAUGGUUGACCGCAACAUGAAGGAGGCUCAGGAAAAACUGGAAGCCGAGAUGGAGGCUGCCAGACAUGAGCAUCAGGUGAUGCUGAUGAGGCAGGACCUGCUGAGGAGGCAGGAGGAGCUGCGGAGGAUGGAGGAGCUCCACAGUCAGGAGGUGCAGAAGAGGAAGCUGGUAGAGCAGCGGCAGGAGGAGGAACGCCGGAGGAGAGAGGAGGAGAUGAGGAUGCGAAAUGAGGAGAUGAUGAAGAGGCAGCAGGAGGGCUUCAGAGGCAACUUCCCUGAAAACAGAGAGCAGGAUGUCCGGAUGCAUAUGGGAGGCCACGGGAUGCCCAUGAACAGAAACUCACUGGGCUCCAACUCGGGUUCUGCUGGCGCCGCUGGCUUGAAUGCUGAGAAUUCUCCAAUGAUGGCAGGUUCAGGAAACAACAACAACAACAUGCCUGGAGGAGGCCAGGGAGGCUUCCCCAGAGGCCUCCCUGGAGCCGGAGAAUAUGGACCUAAUAAGCAGCGCAGAUUUUGAAUAAGAUAACAAGUUUUUCCCCUUUUUCAUACUCACUGUAUUCAGUUCAUGUAGUGAGAGUUCAGAAUCGGCAUGUAUUUUUUUGUCUUUUUAUUAUUUUUUUUUUGUACUUAAAAAUGUUUUAAAACUAAAAUGUCAAUGAGCCAUGUGUUUUACUUCAUUUCUCACGAUAAUGUAUUUUUUUUUCUCCAUAGGGAUAGAAAAUGUUUUUGUCCUAAACAUGUCAACUUUUCUGGAAUAAAUUCAUGAUUCCCUA